GGGGGUGGUUGAGGAGGAAGCAAAAAAAGCAAGCGCUUGUGACUGAGCCGGCGGAGCUAGCGUGCUUGCUUUAACCUUAACACACAUUCACCAUGCACGCCAUGAUUUGAGGCUGCAAAAGGGAAAAGGUUUGCGAUAGCGUGCGCACGAGAGAGAGAGAGUCUCGAGGUGAGGAGAGUCGAAGUGGGAGCUGCCUCAAAUUGUCCGAAGGGGCAGCAUUUCUCCAUCUAGUUCCGGUUGCUCUACGCCGUAUGCCAUUUGGAACAGCAACAAUAGGUUGCCACCGUUUAGACAGGAGGAAUAUACUUUCAACGGACUAUCUCUCUCUCUCUUUCUCUCUCUCUCUUACUUACACACUCUCUGCCUCACAUACAAACACUCUCUCUUUUAAUGCAAGAUAAACAUGAGCUCCUAUUUUGUUAACCCUCUUUUCUCUAAGUACAAAGGUGGUGAGACGUUAGAGCCAACUUAUUACGACUGCAGGUUUCCACAGAGCGUUGCCCGAAGCCACACGCUGGUGUACGGACAUGGAGCAGCCGCGACGGGCUUCCAGCACCCGUCCCAUCACGUACAGGACUUUUUCCAUCACGGAACCACGGGUAUCUCCAAUCCGGGCUACCAGCAGAACCCCUGCGCCUUGGCGUGUCACGGCGACGCGACAAAAUUUUAUGGAUACGACGCUCUUCCGAGGCAAUCACUUUAUGGUACCCAGCAAGAGGCGAGCUUAGCGCAGUACCCAGACUGUAAAUCGUCCAGUAGCUCUAACCCCGGAGAAGGACAAGGCCACUUAAAUCAAAAUUCCUCUCCCAGCCUCAUGUUCCCAUGGAUGCGACCCCACGCCCCCGGGAGACGCAAUGGACGACAGACGUACAGCCGGUACCAGACUCUAGAGCUGGAGAAGGAGUUUCUCUUCAAUCCAUAUCUCACCCGCAAGCGGCGGAUCGAAGUAUCCCACGCGCUGAGCUUGACCGAACGGCAGGUGAAGAUCUGGUUUCAGAACCGGCGAAUGAAGUGGAAAAAGGAAAACAACAAAGACAAGUUUCCGGGCCAAAGAGGCGAGGCAGAGGCAGAGGCAGAUGCAGAGGCAGAAGAAGAGGGCAACGAGGACGGGGAGGCGGAAGAAGCAGAAGAAAAGGAAACGGAAGAGAAAGAGGAAAGCAAGGAGUGAUUUUAUGGUCGUUUUAUUGUUAUAUGGCAGAAAUAGAAGCUGUUAUAAACAUGGCCAUUGAAAGAGAAGACAUUUGAGACAAAAAGUGAAACGAAGCCCACAGAAUUAGUGUCCUAGUUUCCACAAAAAAGCACUCUCAGUCAACCCUGAAAGCUCUUUAAUAUCAACAUUUAAGAAAUUGUACUCUUAAGGGGCCUAAAAACUAUGCCAAAUUACAAACCUAUUAUUUUAAUUGGAAAGAUAAUGAUUUGUGGUUAUUGGAGUCAAUUGCAUUUAAUACUUGGCAAGAAGUUGUGAUUGUCAGUAAUAAUAUUUGACAAAAAAACGAGUAAAAAAUUCACGUCAAGAUCGUGUGCAAUAUGGCAUAUUAUCACGUUUUCCAGACUGUAAAGUCUUGUGUUGAUCUUGUACAUAGGAUUAGUACCAAUAUUUUAAUAAUCCCACUGUAAUCAAAACGAUCGAAGUUUGCAAAAUAAAAAAACAGUAUUUGGGUAAAACUUUCCAUCAGUAUUCCUCAGAUUUUAGAAAUGUGUAUCAAUAGUGCCAUUUAAUUUUAAAAAGAAACGGCAUUGACAAGUGUUGUGAUAUUUUUUCUGAAUUCCACGUAAUUAUCAAAUAGUACUUGUAGUUGAAUCUUAUGCUUUGUGGUGGAAAUAAGCAAGAUUGCGUUUUGUAAUUUUUGAUUAUUUUAUUGGGAUCAUGGAGAUUAGCAAUCGUUUGAAAAAAAUCUCCAGAUAAGCUACCUAAUCAUGGGGGAUUUGCAAUAUAGAUUUCUACCUAAAGAUUUCGUAAAAAAAAUCUUCUUUUCUAGUGUGAACUUAAGUUAUAUAAUUUUGCCCUUUGAAACACUUACGUUUCCCGAGCAUUCUUUUUUGGUCUUGGGAAGACUUAGCAAGCUCAGAGCCAAGCUUAUAAUUUCAAGAGAUUGUACCACAGCACUACCUAACUAGACAAAGCUUUGCCUACAAGAAAGGGUUUAUCCUGCAUAUCACAGAGCUGCUUUGUUUAUUAACAAUAAUAAUAAUAAUAAUAUUAAUAAUAAUAAUAAUAUUAGUAAUAAUAAUAAUAACAAACAGAUUUCCCCCAACAACUUAAACUGCCUACGGAAACCGCACAUUUGUGUGUAGAUUACCAUACUUGCUACAAUUACUACCCUACUUUAUUAAAGGAAAUGUUAUUUUAUCGUGCUGGUGUUAUAGCGUAGAUUUUAAAUUGCACUGAGUAUAACCUUCAUGUACGUCUUGUAAUAUCUUGCUGUUAUCAAUAUGCUCGUUUUAUGCUGUUUCUCAUGUGAAUAUAGACAGAACUGUGUGUGUACAUGCCAUUGUUGUUGACAUAAACAGAAGAAUAAAGAUGAUGGCACCAUC